GAGACAAGCAAAACCCACCUCUUGGUCUUGGCUUCUUCUCAAUUCUCUCUACAAAACCCCUCUCUCUACCAACCCACUCUCUCCGGUCCCCUGUUUCUCACUCCUUUUUCAAGCUUCUUCCUUUGCGGUUCUUUAGCCUUUUCCAUGGAUGAAAAUGAAACCCCAUUAGAUUCCAACUCCUGUUGGAAGCUCCCACUGCCAGAUUUUGGGGUUUUGUUGAAGGGGCUCUGUCUUUCAGGCCAGAAGAGCAAAACCCAUGUCUCUGUUUUGUGGUUUUUGGUGAUUUUGGUGUCCAUUGGAGCAGUUUUGGGCCAGGAUUGGGAUGGCGUGGUUGUCACACAGGCUGAUUUCCAAUCUCUUGAGGCGUUUAAGCAGGAACUUGAUGAUCCAAAAGGGUUCCUGAAGAGCUGGAACGACAGUGGAUUUGGGGCUUGUUCUGGUGGAUGGGCUGGGAUCAAGUGUGCUAAGGGACAGGUUAUUGUGAUACAGCUUCCAUGGAAGGGGUUGGGAGGAAGAAUCACUGACAAAAUUGGGCAGCUUCAGGCCCUUAGAAAACUCAGCUUACAUGACAACUUCAUUGGUGGAUCAAUCCCUUCCUCAUUGGGGCUUCUCCCAAAUCUCAGAGGGGUUCAGUUGUUCAACAAUCGGCUUUCGGGGUCGGUCCCGGCGUCGUUGGGGCUUUGUCCUUUGCUUCAAACUCUUCACAUUAGUAACAAUUUGCUCACCGGAACAAUCCCUCCUAGUUUGGCUAACUCCACCAAGCUCUAUUGGCUUAACUUGAGCUUCAACUCGCUUUCGGGUCCGAUCCCACCAAGUCUCGCCCGAUCGGUGUCCCUUACUUUCCUUGCUCUUCAACACAACAAUCUCUCUGGCAGCAUUCCGGACUCUUGGGGCGGCGGCGCCACCGAGCAAAACCGGGUGUUUCAGCUCAAGUCUCUGGCUCUUGAUGGCAACCUCCUCUCAGGUACCAUACCAACUUCUUUAAGCAAGUUGAGUGAGCUUCAAGUGGUUUCCCUUAGCCACAAUAGGUUGAAUGGUGGCAUUCCAGAAGAAAUUAGUAGGCUUUCUCUGCUCAGAACUUUGGAUGUUUCUAACAAUUUUCUUAAUGGGAGUAUCCCCCAAAGUUUUGAUAGAUUGAGGAAUCUCUCUGUUCUAAAUUUGAGUAGAAACAGAUUCAAUGGUGAAAUUCCUGAAACUUUGGGGAACAUUUCAACACUUACACAACUUGAUUUAUCUCAGAACAAUCUAAGUGGAGAAAUACCAGCUUCUCUUGCUGACUUGAAAGGUCUUCAAUCCUUAAAUGUCUCCUACAAUAAUCUAUCGGGUUCGGUUCCUUCGGCGCUCUCUGAAAAAUUCGAUGCAAGUUCCUUUGUUGGGAAUAUUCAGCUCUGUGGGUUCAGUGGUUCGACUCCGUGCCCAGCCCCGGCCCCUUCUCAAGAAGUUCCUGCUCCUCCACCGGAAGGUUCGACAUCCCGUCAUCGGAAGUUGAGUACUAAAGAUAUAAUACUCAUAGCAGCAGGAGCCCUCCUUCUAGUCUUGAUUAUAGUUUUCUUUGUACUGCUCUGCUGCUUGAUAAGAAAAAGGGCUGCUUCAAAAGGGAAGGAUGGUGAUGAGGCUGCAGCAGCAGCCGGGGCUGCAAGGGCCGAGAAGGGUGUUCCUCCGACUAGCAGUGAAGUCGAAGCAGCGGGAGGAGAUGCUGGAGGGAAGCUCGUGCAUUUCGACGGGCAAACGGUCUUCACAGCAGAUGAUCUUCUGUGUGCAACAGCAGAGAUUAUGGGGAAAAGUACUUAUGGGACAGUCUAUAAGGCCACAUUGGAGGAUGGAAAUCAAGUUGCAGUGAAGAGAUUGCGAGAGAAGAUCACAAAAAGCCAGAAGGAAUUUGAAGCAGAGGUCAACAUACUUGGCAAAAUCAGGCAUCCAAAUCUUCUAGCUUUGAGAGCUUAUUACUUGGGACCCAAAGGAGAAAAGCUUCUCGUUUUCGAUUACAUGUCGAACGGGAGUCUCGCAGCGUUCCUCCAUGCUCGGGGACCAGACACGUCCAUCGACUGGCCAACGAGGAUGAAGAUCGCUCAGGGUAUGACCCGUGGCCUCUAUCAUCUUCACGCACACGAGAACAGCAUCCAUGGAAACCUAACAUCCAGCAACAUUCUACUUGAUGAGCAUAUAAAUGCUAAGAUUGCAGACUUUGGCCUAUCAAGGUUGAUGACUGCUGCUGCAAGCUCGAAUGUGAUCGCAACUGCAGGGGCACUCGGGUACCGAGCGCCAGAGCUCUCGAAGCUGAAGAAAGCCAACACGAAAACGGACAUAUACAGCCUUGGAGUGAUCAUAUUGGAACUCCUGACUGGGAAGUCUCCCGGUGAAGCCAUGAACGGAGUCGACUUGCCGCAAUGGGUUGCAUCAAUCGUCAAAGAGGAGUGGACCAAUGAAGUCUUCGAUUUGGAGUUGAUGAGGGACGCAUCUACCAUUGGAGACGAGUUGCUGAACACUCUGAAACUUGCUUUGCAUUGCGUCGAUCCUUCGCCAUCGGCGAGACCGGAAGUUCAACAAGUGCUGCAGCAACUGGAGGAGAUUAGGCCAGAGACUGCCGCUGCCAGUUCUGGAGAUGAUGGAGUAGGAGGAGGAGCCCCUUCAACAAGUGAAUGAAAAGCGCUUUCUCCAAAUAGGCAGUAGGAAUAGAGACAAUUCUGUGAUUCUUUUAAUUCUUUUAAGAGUGCUUUUGUUGUCUUAGAUUUGAUAUAAUUUGGUUGGCCUCUUAAGCAAAAACACCAUAUAUUUUUGUUUUAAGGCCAACUUCUUGCUACUUUGACAAGUAAAAUGACUAGAAUUCUAGUUUCUCCAAAUUUGCAAGUACUGGUUGAAUAACUGAACCCUGUAAAUUUUGGCAAUCAGAUUUAGAAAUAAAAUUCUUCCUCCCCA